GUCUAUAGACAAGAGAAGGGGUUUACAGAGUUCAACCAAUCAUAUAACGCCGGGAUCAGGUUGCCAGGCAGGUUAUGCUAAUGAGACCCCGCCUUUUAUGCUGCUCCCACUCUGCGGCGGGAAGAACCACCUGGAGGUGGCGGGGGGGGUUGAUUUCCAUCACCCCUAGGGAGAGAGGAUCGGGGACCCGCUGAUCUUCCAGCUCCCCUCACCCAACGUCGUGUGCCCAGGACGUGGAGCUGUCCAGGAGGGAAAGGAUGGACUCCAAAGACGACAGCUCACACGUGUGGCCUACAUCUGCAGAGCAUGAAGAGAGUGCUACACAGGUGCACUUUGUUCCUGACGCUGGGACUGUGGCUCAGAUUGUCUACACUGAUGACCAGGUUCGCCCGCCCCAGCAGGUGGUGUACACGGCAGAUGGUGCCUCUUACACUUCCGUCGAUGGUCCGGAGCACACACUGGUUUACAUCCAUCCUGUGGAAGCUGCGCAGACUCUGUUUACAGACCCAGGCCAGGUAGCUUAUGUCCAACAGGAUGCUACAGCCCAGCAGGCCUCGUUGCCAGUGCAUAACCAGGUGUUACCUUCCAUUGAGAGCGUGGAUGGCUCAGACCCCUUGGCCACCCUGCAGAACCCUAUGGAUAGACUGGAUGCCAAAGAGGAAGAGGAUGAGGAUGAGGAUGAGGAGACUGAAGAAGAGGAGGAGGACGAGGGCGAAGACACGGACCUGGAGGACUGGGAGCCAGACCCACCACGGCCCUUCGACCCACACGACUUGUGGUGUGAAGAGUGUAACAAUGCCCAUUCCUCAGUGUGCCCAAAGCAUGGCCCCUUGCAUCCGAUCCCCAACCGGCCUGUACUCACCAGAGCGCGAGCAAGCCUGCCCCUGGUCCUCUACAUCGACAGGUUCCUCGGAGGAGUGUUCUCCAAAAGGCGUAUUCCCAAGCGCACCCAGUUUGGCCCUGUGGAGGGGCCCCUCGUCAGGGGGUCCGAGCUGAAGGACUGUUAUAUCCAUCUAAAGGUUUCUCUUGAUAAAGGGGACAGAAAAGACAGGGACUUACAUGAAGACCUCUGGUUUGAGUUGUCUGAUGAGACCCUUUGUAAUUGGAUGAUGUUUGUACGUCCAGCGCAGAAUCACCUGGAACAGAACCUGGUGGCUUACCAAUAUGGCCACCAUGUGUAUUACACAACAAUAAAGAACGUAGAACCCAAGCAGGAACUUAAGGUGUGGUAUGCUGCAUCCUACGCUGAGUUUGUGAACCAGAAAAUUCAUGACAUUUCUGAGGAAGAAAGGAAAGUUCUUCGAGAGCAAGAGAAGAAUUGGCCCUGCUAUGAAUGUAACCGCCGGUUUGUAAGCUCGGAGCAGUUGCAACAGCAUCUCAAUUCUCAUGAUGAGAAACUAGAUGUGUUUAGCAGAACGAGAGGCAGAGGAAGGGGACGAGGCAAGAGGCGAUUUGGCCCGGGUCGACGGCCAGGGCGUCCUCCAAAAUUUAUCCGCUUGGAAAUAGCCAGCGAAAAUGGGGAAAAGUGUGAUGACGGGACGCAGGACUUGCUGCAUUUUUCCACCAAGGAGCAGUUUGACGAGGCUGAGCCAGCUACUCUGAAUGGGCUGGAUCAGCCAGAGCAGACCACUCUCCCAAUCCCUCAGCUGCCACAGGAAACCCAAUCUGCUCUGGAGCAUGAGCCGGAGACUCACAGCUUACAUCUGCAGCCUCAGCACGAGGAGACUGUGCUGCCCACCCAGAGCACCCUGACGGCUGACGACAUGCGCAGGGCCAAACGUAUCCGGCUGGAGCUGCAGAAUGCAGCUCUUCAGCAUCUGUUUAUUCGGAAGUCCUUCCGGCCCUUUAAAUGUUUGCAGUGUGGAAAGGCCUUCCGUGAAAAGGACAAACUGGACCAGCACUUGCGCUUCCACGGGCGGGAGGGGAACUGCCCCUUGACCUGCGAUCUCUGCAACAAGGGCUUCAUCAGCAGCUCCUCCUUAGAGAGUCACAUGAAGCUCCAUUCAGACCAGAAGACUUACUCUUGCAUUUUUUGCCCAGAAUCCUUUGACCGCCUUGAUUUGUUGAAAGAUCACGUGGCCAUUCAUAUUAAUGAUGGCUACUUUACCUGCCCAACUUGUAAGAAACGGUUCCCAGAUUUUAUCCAGGUGAAAAAACACGUGCGAAGCUUCCACUCAGAAAAGAUCUACCAGUGUACAGAGUGCGACAAGGCCUUCUGUCGUCCAGACAAACUGCGACUCCAUAUGCUUCGACAUUCAGACCGCAAAGAUUUCCUGUGCUCUACAUGUGGGAAACAGUUUAAACGGAAAGACAAACUACGGGAGCAUAUGCAGAGGAUGCAUAACCCUGAGAGGGAGGCCAAGAAAGCUGACCGUGUUGGCCGAUCCAAGACGUUCAAGCCUCGUAUCACAUCCACCGACUACGACAGCUUCACGUUCAAGUGCCGUCUGUGCAUGAUGGGCUUCCGGAGGCGAGGCAUGCUGGUAAAUCACUUAUCAAAGAGGCACCCAGACAUGAAGAUAGAAGAGGUGCCAGAGCUAACUCUACCCAUCAUAAAACCCAACCGGGAUUACUUCUGUCAGUACUGUGAUAAGGUUUAUAAAAGUGCCAGCAAGCGAAAAGCUCAUAUUCUGAAGAACCAUCCUGGAGCUGAGCUCCCACCCAGCAUUCGGAAACUCCGCCCUGCAGGCCCUGGGGAACCAGACCCCAUGCUGAGCACCCACACCCAGCUCACAGGCACAAUAGCCACCCCUCCUGUCUGCUGUCCUCACUGCUCCAAACAGUACAGCAGCAAGACCAAGAUGGUACAACACAUUCGAAAGAAGCACCCAGAGUUUGCUCAGCUCCCUAACACCUUACACACCCCCCUGACAACAGCUGUGAUCAGCGCUACUCCAGCAGUUCUAACUACAGACAGUGCUACUGGGGAGACGGUGGUGACAACGGACCUGCUCACCCAAGCCAUGACAGAACUGUCCCAGACCUUAACAACAGAUUACCGCACACCACAAGGGGACUACCAGAGAAUCCAGUAUAUUCCUGUGUCACAGUCCACAUCUGGUCUUCAGCAACCUCAGCACAUACAGCUUCAAGUGGUACAAGUGGCUCCGGCCACUUCCCCCCAUCAGUCCCAGCAGUCCACGGUGGACGUCGGCCAGCUCCACGACCCUCAGGCCUACACCCAGCACGCCAUUCAGGUGCAGCACAUUCAAGUCACCGAGCCCACUGUGUCCGCCCCGGCUUCCCAGGUAUCUGGGCAGCCACUGAGUCCCUCCUCCCAGCAGUCUCCGCAGGGGCUCAGCCCCUCGCACAUACAGGGCAGCACCUCUGCUCAGGGCCAGGCUCUCCAGCAGCAGUCCCAGGGUUCCUCUGUCCAACACACGUACCUGCCCAACACCUGGAAUUCCUUCCGUGGCUAUUCAUCUGAGAUUCAAAUGAUGACGCUUCCCCCAGGUCAGUUCGUGAUUACAGACAGUGUUGUGGCGGCACCUGUCACCACCGGCCAAGUGAAGGCGGUUACUCCGGGUCACUAUGUGUUAUCAGAAAGUCAACCAGAAUUGGAGGAAAAACAAGCUUCUGCCCUCUCUGGGGGAGUCCAGGUUCAGCCAGCCACACCCAGUGACUUGGACCCCCAGACCACCAGCCAACAGCAGCCCACACAGUACAUCAUCACCACCACCACCAACGGGACCGGGAGCAGCGAGGUGCAUAUCACUAAACCUUAAAAUCCGUCCUUGAGCUAGAAUCAAGCAUCACAACAUGUCCUUCCUCGUUCAUAAGUCUGAAAGCCUCUGACACGAGGAACUCUUUUUUAAGGUUUAUCAUUCAGUCAAGAGUUCGGAAACCAUGGUUUUGGCACUCAGACAUACACCGGGACUUAUUUUAUCAGUGUCAUCUUUACCAAAUUGACUCUUCAAACCCUCGGAGUUUCUGUCACAGAAUGGAGAUCUUUCAGAGGAGUGCAGAUUUCAAGAUGGAGAAACUUUGCUUAGCUCUUGAGUUGGUUUUUUAACACAUUGAUAAGCCUUACUUUUCCUUUGUGGAAAUAUUAAGUGGUGUAUUGUGUUUGUACCAAAGGUGAAGAAAAGAUGUGCCAAGUCCAUGGCCACUGGACUGCUUCAUUCCAAGCCAUGGCACCAAAGGAGCAGGAGCAUUUUCUGGGCAUGUAUUAGGUCAGAACUGCUUCAUCUUGUGAGUUUGUGCUUUCAGUAAUUUAAUGAAGGAAGCCAAUUGUGUAUGAAAAUAAAAAUGAUGGAAGAAAGGUUUGACAGUAAUGCUCUGAAGGAAAAACUGUCAUUGAAAUGUUUAAUGCUGAUUUAAAAAGAAAAACUUGCCUUUUUGGGAAAAACUGUUGCUGGGCUAUGGGUAUCAGUGGAUGCUGGCCCUCAACAGAUUAGGCUAGAACUUCACGUUCGGAUAGAUUUUACUUUAUUACUUCACAGUGGCAGGCUCCAUGUAAGAGAAAGGGUUGCUUGAGGUCAGCAAAACUUAAGCUCCUACAUUAAAGCUUUGCCUCCCAUUUUCUGGUUGUGGUUGUAUCAAGAAGGAGGUAUUGGAGAUAUCGGUACCAAGAAAAAUUACUAAAACAAUUAUAUAUCUAUAUCUAUAUAUGGAUAUAGAUAUAUAAAAUGAAAAGCACUGAAACCUUGUCCUGCCUUGCAGGAUCUGUCAAACAUUCUUCAGUAAAGGAUGGGUUCAUUGCUCUUACCAGGUGUACAUCUAGCUCUUGCUCACAGUGUUCAGUGUAUUUUAGUACUUCUCAUGCUGUCUUAAAAUGAACAUUCUUUAAGGUUGGAUGGAAAGGUGGCCCUUCUGAUUUCUUAACACUUUUAACUUUAAACAUAUUGCAAUUCAUCUGGACCUUUUGGUAAGAUGUGCACCUUUACACUUAAGGGAAAAAAUGUGGGGACCAUUUAUAAUACAUAGGGUAAUUAUAAGGGAUCUAGAGGAAAUCCAAUCUUUAUGAAUAUUACACUGUUAGUUGGGAGAGGGAAAAAAAAUCUGCCUCAAUGAGAGUUUUUCUUAUAUGUGUUCUUGUUUGGAGUCUUGUUAACUAUGAGUUCAGUGGGGAAAAAUAUUUCCCUUUUUUUUACUGUGCAUUCCAAUUUUACGCGUAAGACAUUGCAGAAGCCAGUCUGUAUUAACAACCUUUUGUGACAUACUGACACAUUUUUAGAGUU